UUGGUUCAUUGAAAUAAGAAAUGAAUCAAAUCGAUUUGGGGAUUUGAGAAACCCUAAAUCCAAAAUAUUGGAGCUCGAAUUAUGAGCCCUCAACAGCUCCAUGGGAAGAGGGAUAAUGGCAGUACCACCGCCAAUAAUGGCAACGGCAAUGGCAAUGGAUUGUGUCCGCCUCCGUUGAAGAUCAAUAAGGAUUCUCAUUUCAUCAGAAAAUCCUCGUCGUCUUCCUCUUCUCCUUCCUCGUCUUCCUCUUCCACCUCGUCGCUCGUCAAUGGCGUCGUAGGCGCCGGCUGCGCCAAGCCGCCGCAGCGGCAUCCGGUGAUUAUAUACACGCAUUCUCCCAAAAUCAUCCACACGCAUCCUCGAGACUUCAUGGCGUUGGUUCAGAAGCUCACCGGAUUGUCUCGCUCCGAUGACGAAGCGGGAGCUAAUUCUCCGAACGCGACGAAAUGUGGCGAGGAGAAUAAAAUCAUUAGCUCCAAAGUCGUGGUGACGAGUGACGAUAAUGAGUCGUCGUCCGUUGUGACGACGGAUGAAAAUUGCUGCGGCAGCGGCGUGGUGGAAGGUCAGGUUAAUUCGUGUUUCGCUCCGCCGAUGUUCGAGCCACCGCCGCCGCCACCGCCACCGCAAGUAGCGAGUUCUUACCUAACGAACAUCCCUGUUUACAGGCCGAAUUCGACGGACUUUUUGUGCUCUAAUCAUCAACCGUUUUUUAACUACAACGAUUCUUCUUUGCUUUUUGGUGCUCCAAAUAUCCAUUCUCUUUCGUCCGCUAAUUCAACAUUGAAUGGAAUUAAUGAUUUCUGCGACUAUAGCGAAUAUUAGGUUUUUUUCUUCUUUUUCCUUUUUGUUGGGGAGGGAUUAUUUGACCCCAUUUGAUUUUGAAGCAAAUAAAACAAUAAAACUCGUUCCGUUCCCGAGACAAAUCUCUACUGGGGAACUAAUUUUUGCAAUUUCGGUAGGAAAACGAGUUCCUUGAGUCAGUCACCUUAAAGAACUUCGAUCAAUUUUAUAGAACAUAUAGAAUAUAUAGUAACGGUAUGAUCUCCAACUUUUUUAUCUUUCUAUUUAACUUUUUCUAUUUCUUCAACUUGUAUUGGAGUAUGUUUCAGAAGAGAUGAAGUUUUGCAAUAAAAUGAAAGGAGCUGGUGCAAUGGAAGUUGAGGUUCAUCCAAUUCAACAUCU